UUUGUCUUGCCCCACACCCGAGGGAGCUCCCAUGGCCAGACCCGUAUCAUCCGCAAGGCCUAUGAACAGGACUUCUAUACCUAUAUGAUGGAGGAGUGCUAUGAGCUGUGGGCUCAGCUCGAGAGGGAGGCAGAUGUCAAACUGUACAGACAAACAGGACUGCUGGUGAUGGGACCAGAGAAUAGUCAGAGUUACCAGCUAGUAAAGAACACUAUGCGGAGGAACAAGAUUCCUAUGGUGGUCCUGACUCAUGACAACUUCAGCCAACACAUCCCCCAUGUCAACCUGGCUGAUGGAGAUGAAGCAGUGGUGGACAUAAGUGCUGGAGUUCUGUAUGCUGACCGUGCACUCAAGGCUGUACAGGGGCAGUUUCAGAAGUUAGGUGGGGUCAUAAGAGACAACGAGAUGGUAACAGACAUCAAGCCUGGCCCUGUUGUGACAGUGUCAACCUAUGCUGGUGUUUAUUGGGCCAAGAGUGUGGUGAUCACCACUGGACCCUGGGCAAAUAGACUGCUGACUCACACAGGCUUACAGUUGCCAUUAGAGGUGGUGAAGAUCAAUGUGUGCUACUGGAAAGAGAAGGUUCCCGGAUCAUAUGAUGUGAAUCAGCGCUUUCCAUGUUUUAUACUGACACAAGGUGAGGAGUCCAAAGAGCAUAUCUAUGGCCUCCCAUCCAAUGAGUACCCAGGCCUGGUAAAGGUAUGUUACCAUAAGGGCAAUGAGACAGACCCAGACCAGCCAGACAAGCAGACAGACAGGUCUGAUAUUGACAUCCUCCAGCGCUACAUCACCCGCUGUUUACCUGGCCUGAUCCCUGAACCUGCAGUGGUGGAAAGCUGCAUGUAUACGUCCCCCCUGCCAGUCUGUGCUGCCACCAGGACUAAUUGACACCAGCCAGGGAAUCCUGACCUGCCAGAUGGUGAUGCUCUCAGUUUGGUUAACAUCUCCCCCGUGUCCUCUUUGCCCAACUUGACACCACUGCUCUCAUCUCCUGUGGCUGGUCUCUGCUGUUCUCAUCAUUUCAUUAAAGGAGAGAUCAUUCUGGGCUUGUCCUUCAGCUCCCACGCUCGCUAACAUGCCCAAGCCAAGCCUCCUGAGUGACACCUGCUGUGCUUUGCUGUAUUGUAUAUUUAUUCUUUACACUAUCCAGCAAUAAACUCUGUUCCCACUUACAAUAUGUGUAUGUCAUAUAGUUGAGUCCAGCCUCAG